UCUACGAUGUCCUACCCACAGCUCGGAUACCCUUACACCACUGCUCCACAGUUUCUGAUGCCCACCAAUUCUCUGACCCCAUGCUCUGGUUCAGAUUCGGGUUCGUGUCCCUCUGCCCCCCCGCAGCCUUCAGUCUACUGUCCGGUGUAUGAGAGCAGACUGCUGGCCACCGCCCGCCACGAGCUCGGGGUUUACAGUAGUCCGUACACUGCGGGACAGAGUUACGGAAACUACGUCACGUACGGUACUGAGGCGUCCGCGUUUUACUCUCUGGGGGCAUUCGACACUAAAGAUGGGGCGGCUUCUGCCAGCAUCACCCAGGCUGCAGCGGCUUACUACCCCUACGAUCCUACCCUCAGCCAGUACCAAUAUGACAGAUAUGGCUCUAUGGACGGAGGGACCAGGAGGAAGAACGCUACCCGUGAAACCACCAGCACUCUGAAGGCCUGGCUGCAAGAGCACAGGAAGAACCCGUACCCCACCAAGGGUGAGAAGAUCAUGCUGGCCAUCAUCACCAAGAUGACCCUCACUCAAGUAUCCACGUGGUUCGCCAACGCUCGGCGGAGACUAAAGAAGGAGAACAAGAUGACGUGGGCGCCGAGGAACAAGGGCACUGAUGAGAAGAGAUGUGAUGACGAGGGGUCACAGGAGGACCAGAUCAAAAGUGACACGAACGAUGAAGAGAGCCGGAGUCGAGAGGAUAAGGACCUUCAGCUGAGUGACUUGGAUGAAUUCGACCCCAUCGAGUCAGAGAGCUUGGAGUGUGAGCUAAAGCACCAAUUUCACAUCAGUAACCACCUGAAUACACACCUGUCCACCACCGAGCACCUCAAAGAGACCCACUUAAAGCUCCCCUCACUAGAAGGGAACACCUUAAAGCUACCAUCAAUAGGAGCCGCACUGGAACAGGACCCUGAGUUGCCAAAAAGUUGCCUGAAAACAUCGAGUCGAGACUGCGAGCACAACCAAAGUGUUCACACCAAACUCUGUUUCCAGCAAGACCACCAAACUCUCGAUACCAAGCCACGGAUCUGGUCGUUGGCCCAAACCGCCACCUCGCUAAACGCCACAGAGUAUUCCUCGUGCAUGCUUCGGUGCCAGCCACAUACAUCCCUUCCUGGCUCGUCUUCCCCCGUGAAAGUCAUGGAGAAGCAGCAGGACUCGCCAGUCACCACGUUGAGACACUGGAUGGACGGAGUUUUCCACGAUCCCUUGUUCAAACACAGUACUUUGGACCCAUCACACAACACCACCACGGCCGUUUCCUGGAGCACAUCCAAAAACUCGAUCCUGGAGAGCAGAUCACAAUCACAGCGGGACUAA